CAGCAAGAAGGUUCACAGCAGAUGUCACCGCCUUGAGCGUGGACUUUUCAAGGUUCUGGAAUUGUGAACAAAACUAUUGGUGUGCUUAGGGGAGACCAAUCGGUUGUGUGAAUGAGCAAAAGAAACCGCCGCAGCCACCACCUCCACCUCCUCAGCCCCCCUCAGACGCCGGAAGGUUCUGCCGAUGGAGGGCCGAAGCCAAAAAACGCAGAAGCAACGGAGGAAGAGAAGGAAGCGGAAAACCACACAAGCAGUUCCCGUUGUAGAACCUCAAGAACCAGAGAUCAGGCUACGGUAUGCUACCCAGGCCCUAGAUAAAACCGAUGCCAGGAACAGGUCUGUCCGCCCUUACAUCCACGCAGUAAAAAAGGGUGAACUUGGCCUUGUUUGUACAGUCAUCAAUGAUGAAGAAGAGCAGACCAAACUGCCGAGGAGCCGGAAGGGUCAGAGCUCUCCUCCCGCCCUUCCCCUCAGCCGCCCAGAAAGCAAGGUGCUCCCAGCUUCGUCCUUCAUGCAGUGGAGGCCUGUGGUCACAGACUCUUUUGUUACGGAGCACCCGGUUUGCUGUCUCUGUGGCAAGUGGGCCGGCUACUGUGACAUGGGUGACCUCUUUGGACCCUUUUAUCCCCAAGAUGAUGCAGCCACUCUUCGGAAGAAUCCACCUCCUAAGAGGUCCACAGAAAGGCAGAGCAAAGUGAAGCCUCGGGUCAAGCCACGCCACCGCUCAAAAGACCGUGGUGGCGGUUCUCUGUCCCUGUCCAGGGCAAAAAUGCUCCCACUCCCUCGUAAAAGAGCAGGCGCUGAGGGCCGCAGUAAAAAGACUGUUUCAGACACAAAGCGCUCUGUACCUACCACUUCAAAAGGUGGCCCUGAACCACCUCUUGACAGCAACGAAUUUUGGGUCCACGAAGAUUGUAUUAUCUGGGCCAAUGGAAUCUACCUGGUCUGUGGCAGGCUCUACGGCCUGCAGGAGGCGCUGGAAAUCGCCAGAGAGACCCAGUGCUCCCAGUGCCAGGAGUCGGGCGCUACUUUGAGCUGCCACAAGCGAGGCUGCCUCCUCCGAUACCAUUACCCGUGUGCCAUUGAAGCAGAUUGUUUGCUGCAUGAGGAGAAUUUCUCGGUGAGGUGCCCCAAGCACAAGGCGAGGAGAUGAGAAGGUGGUGGACACACAGGAUGGAAUGGAAUUCUCCUGCUGUGCGACCACACCCCACUCUGCCCCUCCCUGCUGUGGCGUGGCACCCCUGUGCGACCACACCCCACGCAGUGCCUGCCCACGACAGCGCUUCCCUCCUACGUUCUCACAUCACACUCAAACUGGUGGCACCACAGGAAAAGAAAGACACAAGAUGUUGGAAUGGCUGUCUCCAUGGACACAAUCUCCAUAGUGACGAUGUGGGGGAGAGGCUGAUGGGGAAAUAGGAAGUUAAA